GUUACAAAAAGAGAGGGUAAAGGUGGUUGGAAAGGUUGGAAGUGGAGGUCAGCAAAGGAUAAAUUUGUGAAUGGGGCAUACUUCGUUCAAUCUGGAUGGGGAAGCUCUGCUCCCCUCUACUCUCGCACUCAAUCAUUUACAGUUGCUGAAGGAUCCAUGGUUCCAGCUCUAACCUCCAAUGCUGGUCCUCUGCGAUGCUCUACCUACAAAUCAUGCUAA